AUGAUGCCACCGGGAUACGGCGGGCACCCGGGCAUGCCGCCGAUGCAGCCAGGGACGGGCUGGGCGUUGAGGAAGCCUUUCACUCAUGAGGAGCACUCUGCGUUCCUCGAUGCCAUGGAACGGUACGGUCAGGAGAACACCGGGAGCGAGUGGGACAAGAUAUCUCAGGCGGUGGGUAAUGGACGGACCGUGCACGAGGUCCGCAUGCACGCCCACGAGUACUUCGUCAACCUGCAGAUGGUCACGCAGAUGGAGCCCGAUGCACGUGUUCUCGGAAGCAAGAUCAAGCGCGACGAUUGGACUUUCGAGCAGGACAUGGUGUUCGAGCACGCCAUGGCCGAGUUCGAGGAGACGGAUUCGUUGAGGUGGCUGAAGGUGGCCUCGCUGCUUCCGGGGAAGAGCCACGAGGAUGUAAGGCAUCGCUACCAGCGUCUCGUGUACGACGUCCACAAGAUCGAGAACGCGGUGCCGAUGGAUGUAAAGUACAAGGCACCGAAGGGCGGCAAGUCUCUCCUAGCGAAGGUCGCCGCGAAGAGCGGGUCGGCCUCGAGCAGGGGGCGCGGUGGAGGGUCAACGAAAGGCGCGGGGGGGUCCUCAUCGAGCUCCGCCAUGCACGGGGCGGGCGGCGGGAGAGAAGAUCGGGCAACAAAAGACUCGAGAAGAGCUCUAUGA